AUGUCCCACCCUGCUUCAAAGUUUGCCGAAUGGCUUGCCAGAGCUUCCAUCCAAGACAAGUUCGGUCUCUGUGGGCUCCUCGCUCUUGUAUGCUGGGUAUCUUAUAACCUGGGACGCCGAUUCAGCCAUUUGCGCUUGAGGUUGCAACACGCGGUAUCCUGGAGACGCUUCUUCCAGGUGGCAACACCAGGCGUGCUCCAGUGGCUCGAUAUCCCAUCAUACUUGCAAGGGGGAGUACUUGCCGCUCUGGUGAUUACCAACAUUAUUGCAAUCAGUCUUCAUGCUCAGACCUGGGCGGAUGUGCAGAAGCGAGCCGGAUGCUUGGCGGUCACACACCUUGUUCCCCUCUGCUCCGGGUUUAGCUUCAGCCUUCCGGCCCACAUCUACCGUGUCAAACGGGGCACGUUCCAGUGGGCCCAUCGGUGGCUAGGCCGCAUUUGCGUGCUGCAUUGCCUUCUUCAUGGGUCCCUGUUAGGCACAGUUGCUCGAAAUACAAGCCUUGGGGCUUCCCUCAUCAUCCCGCUCGUGGCCGGAUGCAGUCUCGUCUCGAUCUUUCCUUGGACGCUCGCUGCGAUUCUUCGGCGGUGGCCGCAACUCGGCCUCAAGGUCCACCAUGUGCUUGCUUUGAUCGCCACCGGCGCCCUUUUCUACCAUUUAAUCGACCGGGUAUCGUCCUACCGCUGGGUUUUACUAGGCGGUGUUUGCGCCGGAUUUGCCUGGAGUGCCGGGACAUGUCUGCAUACCAUGUGGCUCCACAGAUCGUGGCGCAUCACCUCUCUACGGGCCCUCGCGCGGUCUUCCAACAGGCUCUUAUGGCUUGAUAUUGCGGUUCCGGUGGAGUGGGUGGCCCAACCGGGG